GGCGGAAGAGAAGCGGCCUCAUCGCCUUUAAAUGGUAUUGCUUGUCAUCUGAGCAUGCUCCUGUGUGGGCAGGCGAAGGGUAUAUAAUGGCUGGGACGCGGCACCGGGGAACUCAAGCAAGCGACACCAACCAGCUGGAGCAGCCUCGCCGAGCCAGGCGAAGGAUUGGGGCGAGCUGCGUUUUUCUGCUGGGCUGGAGGUGGCCGCUGACUGACUGAAAGGGGAUUUAUUCUCCGCGCUGUUGACGCUAAGGCGCAACAGAGGCGACCUUCCUUCACACACACCCCCUCCGGCGGCUUUCCCGCGCUUUUCGGCGCCUUGGAUCGUCCCUGAGGGGAAAAAAAACUCGACACCCCGAGGAGAAGUCGCAACAGCGAGACAAGCCGAGCAGCAGCUCCCUUCGUGUUGCCCUUGCUGCCGGGCGGUGACUUGUUGUUGUUGUCGCCCUCGUCUUCCUUGCCUCAAAAGCAAGCAUGAUGGCAGCCGCCGCCAAGCCCGCCGAGCUGAUGGGCAUCUGCUCGAGCUACCAGGCGGUCAUGCCGCACUUCGUGUGCAUCGCCGAGGAGUUCCCUCAGCCCAUCCGGCCGGCCAAGUUGUCCAAGGGCAAGCUGCGCAGACCUCGCCAGUCCCGCUUCAAGACGCAGCCGGUCACUUUCGACGAGAUCCAAGAGGUGGAAGAGGAAGGGGUCUCUCCGAUGGAGGAGGAGAAAGCCAAGAAGUCCUUCCUGCAGUCCCUCGAGUGCCUCCGCCGCAGCACCCAGAACCUCAGCCUGCAGAAGGAGAAGAGGCUCAGCAGCUGCAGCCGCCUGAGGAACAGCCUCGACUCCAGCGACUCCGACUCGACCCUCUGAAGGGUCUGCAGGACUGGCAGAAAGCGAGCCGAGGGACGUGGCGCGGAGUAUCGCUUUUUUUAAAAGACAAAAAACCCUGAAAGGGACCGUUUCCGAAGAGGCUUGGCUGCUGCUGACUGUGGUGAUUUGGCUUU